GCAAUUCCCAUGAUGGAUGUUGAAUCUGCUGCCGGAAAUACUGCGGCGACAAGUCUUGACGGAAAGAUCAAAUCUCCCAGCAAUCCCUCCUUGGUCGACGAGCGCUCCAUCGAUCAUGGCGAGAAUGAUCUUCUGGGAGGAGAGAAUGUGGACCAAGUGCUGGCAGCCAAGAUGGUGCUAGUCAACGACGCCAUAGACGAGAUCGGGUUUACUCCAACCCAUUGGAAACUCUUCUGUCUCAACGGCUUCGGAUAUGCAGUCGAUUCCUUGAUUCUUUUGAUCCAGUCAAUUAUCUCGACUCAGGCUCGAUAUGAGUUCCACCCGAGCUAUUCAACAGGCUUGACAAUCGCGGUCUACGUGGGAAUGUUGGUCGGUGCCAUCUUUUGGGGUUUCUCAGCGGAUAUCAUUGGCCGUCGCUUUGCCUUUAAUGUAUCCCUGUUUGUCUCGUCCAUUUUCACGGUCGUGGCAGGUGCCUCGCCCAAUUGGAUCGUGCUCGCUCUUUUCAUCUGCCUCAGUGCAUUUGGUGCGGGUGGAAAUUUGGUACUUGAUACUACAGUCUUUCUGGAGUACCUCCCGAGCAAGAACCAGUGGUUGUUGACUUUAAUGGCAGCCUGGUGGGGCAAAAUCAAUACUAACAUCCAUCUGUUCAAUUCUCUAGGCCUUGGUCAACUUAUAGCCGGUCUCUUUGCUUGGGCUUUUCUCCCAAAUUAUUCAUGCCCUGAUGCAUCCAAUUGUACUUAUGACAACAACAAAGGCUGGCGCUACGUGUGGUACACUUCUGGCGCCUUUGUGUUUCUAUUGUCCAUCUUACGUAUCACCAUAAUUCGUCUGGAGGAAACACCCAAAUUCCUUCUUUCAGAGGGUAAAGACGACGAGGCCCUGCGGGUACUCAGCAAUAUCGCCAAAAAGCACAAUCGUCCAUGCAGUCUCACUCUAGAGCGUCUCCAAGCGUGUGGAACCACGACUAAGCGCAAUGCAGACGCAACCGGUCUGUCCCAGCGACUGAUCUCCCCUCGCGAAGUGGGAUACCACUUCAAGGGCCUUUACGCGACACGCAAAAUGAGAUUGUCUACCUCCCUGGUGUGGUUCUCGUGGCUUCUGAUUGGCCUCGCAUAUCCUCUAUACAAUGUAUUCUUGCCGACGUACCUUGCAUCCCGUGGCGCAAGCUUCGGCCAAACAAGCCAAUACAUAACAUGGCGCAACUAUGCAAUCAAUAAUACCUGUGGAAUCUUUGGACCCGUUCUGGCUGGCUUCAUGUGUCGCUCGCCCUGGUUUUGGGGUCGUCGAGGAACGAUGAUCAUUGGUGCGCUUGUUACCAUGGUUUUCUUCUUCUGUUAUACGCAAGUCCGCACUGCGAGCCAAAAUGUCGGGUUCACAUGCGCUAUCUCUUUCUGUUUGAAUAUCUACUAUGGUACUCUGUAUGCUUAUACCCCUGAGGUUUUUCCAUCGGCCCACCGAGGUACAGGUAAUGGUGUGGCCAUUGGUCUCAACCGAAUAAUGGGUAUUGUCAGUGCUGUUGUGGGUGAAGCGGCUAAUACUAGUACACCGGUGCCUAUUUACAUAUGUGCUUGUUUAUACAUCAUCAUGGCCAUUGUGUCUGCUGUCUUGCCUUUCGAACCAUUCGGGCGACGAAGCAGCUAG